CUGAAAAUGAGCGUCAAGCGUCAGCGUGAAAAGGCACCUUUACACAACCAAUCAAAUCACGUCUUUGAUAAAUAGAAUACAUGUUUGCAAUUUUGAAGUUCGGACUAUCGGGGACGAGUGGCCGGCAGUUUUCUUCUAAAGGCAUAGUGAGUGUACGUCGAUUCGCUAGGAUGUCUCAGUUAUUAGAUAAUGUGCCUGAUGUAGAUAUUGACGGCCACGGUAGAUUCAAGUAUAUCUUGAUCGAUGUGCAGGACAAUGCUAGCAAAGCUAGCAAAAAGAUCGUCAGAGGAUAUGCAAGAGCGCAGUGGCACGCUGAUAUAUUUGAUGAGGUAGGCGAACAAAUCAAGAAACACGCCGGUCUGAAGGCGAAUUGCGUAGGCGGUGGAAGAAUUGAGCACGACCCCGACGAGAAGAUCAUCAAAGUUUAUGGAUAUUCGCAAGGUUUUGGCAAAGCUGAUCAUGAAGUGUCGGUUGAAUUAUUGAAAAAAAAGUAUCCCGCCUAUAACAUCACCUGUUCUGACGAAGGUUACUAAUCCGGAAAUGAUAGUGUGAUGUGCUUGUCUAUUAACUUAAUAAAUACGAUAUUGAAUUUUACUUUGUACAUUUAUUACAUUGUUUAUUAAUAAAAUGUAUGUACGUAUCGGAAUGAAA